AUGGGGAGCUCGGCGUCUUCUCUCACCGCAGAGACCGAGUCGGAUCACGGGUUCCGCAGCACCCCCUACCCGUCGUCGCCCCCUAUGGGCUGGCUCAGGAACAGCCACAGCAGCCCAGUGUGGGGGACCACCUUCAUUUCCCGGCAACAGCAGGCUCCCAUCCCGCACCGCGAGCGCAGUCACUCUCACUCCCCAGGCUCCAUGGCGGCGGCAGCGCGGGGCGGGGAGUGGUCGUGCGGCCGCUGCACCUUCCUGAACGCCGGCGCCGCCCCGCGCUGCUCCAUCUGCGAGGCGCCGCGGCAGAAGCCCGACCUCAACCAGAUCCUGCGCCUGAGCAGCACGGAGGAGCGCCGCUGGGCCUGCCCCCGCUGCACCGCCGGCAACCAGCAGGGGGCGGGCGCCUGCUCCGUCUGCGGCUUCGGCCCCUCCCCCGGCACGCCGGCCGCCAACGGGCUCCUCCUCCUCCCCCCGCCGCCGCCGCCGCCGCCGCCGGCGGCCCCCGAGCCGCCCGCGCCCCCCGCCGCGCCCCCCGUCCCCUCGGCCGCCUCCCUGGCCGUGCUCCUGGAGCCGCGCGGCCAGCAGCCCCCCCGGGAGGACCCGCGGAGGGCGGAGAGCAACGGGGACGCCUGCGCCCCGGACCCGCAGUCGGGCUGGGCCUGCCCGCGCUGCACCCUCCACAACACCCCCGUGGCCCUGUCCUGCUCCGCCUGCGGGGGGCCCCGUAAGCUCUCGCUGCCCAAGAUCCCCCCCGAGGCCCUGGUGGUGCCGGAGGUGCGGACGCCCGUGGCGGGGUUCCCCGUCCACUCCGCCGCCGGCGCCGCCCCUCUCCUGAUCGACCUGACGGAGGAUUCGCCCCCUCCCCCUUCGGAACCCCCGGAGCCCCCCCGCGCCUCCUCCCAGCCCCCGGCCUCCCCCUUCGGGCCCCUCUCCUCCCUGCAGAACAACCCGGUGCCCCGCAGCCGGCGGGAGGUCCCCCCGCCGGGACGGCCCCCCAACCCCGCCCCCAGCCCCACCUCCCCGUCCACGGCGGGCGGCCCCGCCCCCUGCCCCCCGCGGCCCCCCAAGCCCAAGCACCCCCAGCCGCAGCCGCAGGAGCCCUUCCCCAACAAGCGGCUGAGCGUCCUGGAGGAGGAGGAGCCGCCCCGCCCCCUGCCGCUGACCCCGCCCCCCUCCUGGAAGUGCCCCGGCUGCUCCCUGCCGGCGCUGGGCGGAGCCUCCAAGUGCGAGUCGUGCCGCUCGUCCCGCGGCGACCUCAUCGACCUGGUGGGGGAGUCGGUGCGCUUCACCCCGUCCGGCCCGUCCAGCCCGGACUUCAGCACCUGGUCCUGCUCCAAGUGCACCCUGCGCAACCCCACGGGGGCGCCCAAGUGCAGCGCCUGCGGCUGCUCCAAGCUGCACGGCUUCCAGGAGCAGCAGCCGUCCCGCUGCUCGCAGUGCGCCGCCGUGCCCGGCUGCUGCUCCUGCCCCUGCUACGCCGUCAAGGAGCGGGCCCGCAAGCAGGCCCGGGUCUUCCCCUCGCCCUCCGGCCCGGGGGUGUGCCUCCCGGGGGCCCUCCCGGGGCUCCCGGAGAAGGCCGGCCAGUGGGCGUGCCCCGCCUGCACCCUGCUGAACGACGUGAAGGCCAAGCACUGCGCGGCCUGCCACACGCCCCAGCACUACCUGGCCCUGCGCAAGGUGGCCAAGCCGCUCAAGCGGCGCGAGAGCGUGCACGUGGAGGCCCGCCGCCGCACCGACGAGGGCGAGGCCAAGGAGCUGUGGGAGAACAUCGUCAGCUUCUGCCGGGAGAACGCGGUGAACUUUGUGGACGACAGCUUCCCGCCCGGGCCGCGAUCGGUGGGCUUCCCGGAGGGAGACAGCGUGCAGCAGCGCGUGAAGAAGUGGCUCCGCCCCCACGAGAUCAACUGCAACAACUUCAAGGACCGCGGCGUCAAGUGGUCCGUCUUCCGCACCCCCCGGCCCUCCGACAUCCUGCAGGGCCUGCUGGGAAACUGCUGGUUCCUGAGCGCCCUGGCGGUGCUGGCGGAGCGGCCCGAGCUGGUGGAGCGGGUGAUGAUCACGCGGUCGAUCUGCCAGGAGGGGGCGUACCAGGUGCGGCUCUGCAAGGACGGAACCUGGAUCACCGUGCUGGUGGACGACAUGCUGCCCUGCGACGAGUACGGCUACCUGCUCUUCUCCCAGGCCCAGAGGAAGCAGCUGUGGGUGGCCCUGAUCGAGAAGGCGCUGGCCAAGCUGCACGGCUCCUACUUCACCCUGCAGGCGGGCCGCGCCAUCGAGGGGCUGGCCACGCUCACCGGCGCCCCCUGCGACUCGCUCAUGCUGCAGGUCAGCUCCACCAACCCGCGCGAGGAGCCCAUCGACACCGACCUCAUCUGGGCCAAGAUGCUCAGCUCCAAGGAGGCAGGGUUCUUGAUGGGGGCCUCCUGUGGCGGAGGCAACAUGAAGGUGGAUGAUUUGAUGUAUGAGUCACUGGGUCUGCGCCCCCGACACGCCUACUCCAUCUUGGACGUUCGAGACGUUCAGGGCUACAGGCUGCUCCGGCUGCGUAACCCGUGGGGCCGCUUCUCCUGGAACGGCAGCUGGUCGGACGAGUGGCCCGACUGGCCGCAGCACCUGCGGCACGAGCUGAUGGCCCACGGCAGCAGCGAGGGCGUCUUCUGGAUGGAGUACGGCGACUUCAUCAAGUACUUUGACUCGGUGGACAUCUGUAAGAUCCACUCGGACUGGCAGGAGGUGCGCCUGCAGGGCUGCUUCCCCAGCCGGGCCAGCGGGCCGGUGACGGUGACGGCGCUGACGGUGCUGGAGAGGACGGCGCUGGAGUUCGCCCUCUUCCAGGAGGGCGGCAGGCGCUCGGACACGGCGGACAGCCACCUGCUGGACCUGUGCAUCAUGGUGUUCCGCGCGUCCUUCGGCAGCGGCAGCAAGCUGGCGCUGGGCCGGCUGCUCUCCCACAGCAAGCGCGCGGUCAAGAAGUUCGUGGGCUGCGACGUGAUGCUGGAGCCGGGGGAGUACGCCGUGGUCUGCUGCGCCUUCAACCACUGGCACAUGGGCACUGGAGCCACCCUCACCCCCGUGUCCAGUCCCACCAGCAGUGGGCGCUCCUGCCAGGACAUCCCCGGGUACAUUCUGGCGAUCUACAGCUCCCGGCAGGUGAUGGUGGAGCAGGUGGAGGCCAUGGCAACCACUCUGGCAGACGCCAUUAUCCUACUGACUGAGAACAAGGGUGAAAGGCACGAGGGCAGAGAGGGCAUGACAUGUUACUACCUGACCCACGGGUGGGCGGGGCUCAUUGUAGUGGUGGAAAACCGCCACCCCAAGUACUACCUCCACGUAUCGUGUGACUGCACGGACAGCUUCAACGUUGUGUCCACGCGCGGAAGCUUGAAGACCAUUGACAGCGUUCCGCCCUUACACAGGCAGGUGCUGGUGGUCCUGUCUCAGCUGGAGGGCAACGCCGGCUUCUCCAUCACGCACCGGCUGGCGCACCGCAAGGCCGCGCAGGCCUCGCUGGGGGACUGGACGCCCACCAAGGCCACCCACAGCCCCUCGCUCACCCCCGACAUCGACGGGCUGCACCGGCCCCGCCCGCUAUGACCGCGGCCCCCGC